GUCCCGAAACCCACGACUGCGGCCGACCACCGCUGGAGACACCCAGCUCCCACCCGAACCCCAUAUACGCUCCUAAUACUCCGUCGAGACGGCACCAUGUUGAGGCAGACAUUGGCUCGCUCGGCUUGGCGGACGAGCAGGCACCCGGCCCGCGCGGCAAGCCGGGCCUUUUCGGCGACAGCUCCAAGACCUGCGGAGGUCGAGCUCACAAUUGACGGGAAGAAGGUCUCGAUCGAGGCCGGGUCCGCGUUAAUCCAAGCUUGCGAAAAGGCCGGAGUGACCAUCCCAAGAUACUGCUACCAUGAAAAACUCAUGAUUGCCGGCAACUGCCGUAUGUGCCUGGUGGAAGUCGAGCGGUCACCCAAGCCUGUGGCGUCGUGCGCAUGGCCCGUACAAGCCGGCAUGGUUGUCAAGACCAACUCCCCCUUGACACAUAAGGCACGUGAAGGUGUGAUGGAGUUCCUCCUGGCGAACCACCCCCUCGAUUGUCCUAUCUGUGACCAGGGUGGCGAAUGCGAUCUUCAGGACCAGUCGAUGCGGUACGGCGCCGACCGUGGCCGGUUCCAUGAGAUUGGCGGGAAGCGCGCGGUGGAGGACAAGAAUAUCGGGCCCCUUGUCAAGACAUCCAUGAACCGGUGUAUCCAAUGCACGAGGUGUGUCCGCUUCGCGAACGACAUUGCUGGGGCUCCCGAGCUCGGCUCAACGGGCCGUGGGAAUGACCUCCAGAUCGGUACCUACCUGGAGAAGAACCUCGAUUCCGAACUUUCCGGCAACAUCAUCGACCUUUGCCCUGUCGGGGCUCUGACGGCGAAGCCUUACGCCUUCCGCUUCCGCCCCUGGGAGUUGAAGCGCACCGAAUCAAUCGACGUCUUGGACGGUCUCGGCUCGAACAUCCGCAUCGACUCUCGCGGUCUUGAAGUGAUGCGUGUUCUCCCACGGCUCAACGAUGACGUGAACGAGGAGUGGAUCAACGACAAGACCCGGUUCGCCUGCGAUGGCCUCAAGACCCAGAGACUCACCAUCCCACUCGUGCGUAGGGAAGGAAAGUUUGAACCGGUGACAUGGGAGCAGGCUCUCACUGAGAUCUCGCACGCGUACCAGACUCUGGCGCCUAAGGAGAACGAGUUCAAGGUGAUUGCCGGUCAGCUCACCGAGGUUGAGUCUCUUGUGGCCAUGAAGGAUCUCGCGAACAAGCUCGGCUCGGACAACCUUGCCCUCGACAUGCCCAACGGCAGCCAGCCGGUCGCUCACGGCAUCGAUGUGCGGUCGAACUACCUCUUCAACUCCAGGAUCUGGGGUAUUGAGUCCGCCGACUGCAUUCUUCUUGUUGGCACCAACCCGAGGCAUGAGGCCGCAGUUCUGAACGCGCGUAUUCGCAAGCAAUGGUUGCGAUCCGACCUUGAGAUUGGCGUCGUCGGCCAAACAUGGGAAUCCACCUUCGAGUUCGAGCAUCUCGGCACCGACCUUGCCGCCCUCAAGGACGCAUUGGCCGGUCCAUUCGGCAAGAAGCUCCAGGCGGCCAAGAGGCCUAUGAUCAUUGUCGGCUCCGGUGUCACUGAGCACCCCGAUGCUAAGGCCUUUUACGAGACUGUCGGCCAGUUCGUUGACAAGCACGCUGCCAACUUCCUUACCGAGGAGUGGAACGGCUACAACGUUCUGCAGCGCGCUGCUUCCCGGGCCGGUGCCUUCGAGGUCGGCUUCGUGACGCCCUCUGCCGCCGUCGCGGAGACCAAGCCUAAGUUCGUCUGGCUCCUGGGCGCCGACGAGUUCGACGAGGCCGACGUUCCCAAGGACGCCUUCAUCGUCUACCAGGGUCACCACGGCGACCGGGGCGCCCAGAUUGCCGACAUUGUCCUCCCUGGUGCUGCCUACACCGAGAAGGCCGGCACCUACGUCAACACCGAGGGCCGCGUCCAGAUGACCCGCGCCGCAACCGGUCUGCCGGGCGCUUCCCGCACGGACUGGAAGAUCAUCCGUGCAGUGAGCGAGUUCCUCGGUGCGCCGCUGCCAUACGAUGACGUUGCCCAGCUCAGGGACAGGAUGGUGGAGAUCAGCCCGGCGCUCGCGGCGUAUGAUGUGGUCGAGCCGGUCGCGCUGCAGCAGCUCAGCAAGGUGCAGCUGGUGGAUCACAACAAGGGCGCCAAGGCGACUGGUUCACCCCUGCGGAAUGUUAUUGAGAACUUCUACUUUACCGAUGUUAUUUCGAGAAGCUCCCCUACGAUGGCUCGCUGCUCGGCAGCCAAGGAGACGGGUGACCCGCGGACGAACUUCAUGGCGCCUGGCAUGGAGGAGGAAAGGCCAAUGGGUCAGAUCGCGUAUGGAGCGUAGAGAAAAUAUAAAGGUGUCUAUGCUGUUGUAAGAGGGCAAUAGAAACCACCAACCUGUUCAUAAACCUUCCCCCCCUUGCAAUAUGUUUGGUGUCAUCUCUUUUCUUCGUCGGCAGAUUCUCUUUUCCUGUACAUAUCCGGCAGUCAUUUGCAGUCAGUCAGUCAAGCAUGGAAGUACUGGUAUAUAUUGUGUCGAGGGUGUCUCCAUUUCUGCGAGAUGCUCUUGCCCCAGAACACCAUCCCGCAGAUGAUACAUGAU